GAAGACAGCGCGCGCCAACUUUCAUUCAUUCGAGCGUCGGCAUUGCAAGUGAGCGCAUCACGCACAAAGAACAAAAGCCAAUUGAGAACCGGCAAUAAAAAAAAAACAACAUAACAGUAACAGUUAUUCGGAACGCAAGCGUCAUCAUCGAAUUUCAAGAUAUUGGAUAUGAAGAGCUGCCUAAAGAUCAGUUUUCACGGCGAAGUCAGUUUCGUCAUUUGCGAGGCAGGCAGCAGCUACGAGCAAAUCAUUGCCCAAGCCUGUGCUCGCUUUCACAUACCCGAGGCCCAGCGUGCCGGCCUGGUGCUAACCAAUGGCCAGGGCUACGUGUUUGAGCAGCAGCUAUUGGAGUACUUUCUGCUGCUGUUCCCCUGCCCCGAGUUAUUGUUCUAUCUGCGUCUAGACUGGCAAAAAUUGCGUCGUGCCCUGAUCGAGCCCGUCAAGCGGCGACGCUCGGCAGAUGACAUCCGCGAGAUUCAACCGGACGUUCCGGAUGGAACGGACUAUGUGGCGGUACCUGUGCAUCGCCAGAACUGUUUUAUAGGCGCAUUGCCUAGCAGCGCUCCAGUUGCUGCUGCCGUGAGUCGCCAGAAUUGCUUUCUCCGCGCACAACUGCAGGAGCAGCAGCAACAAUCGGCUUCGGUUGUGCUGCACAGACUCAGGCAGGAGCAGGCACGACCCGAGUCUCAGCCCAAACGGAUGCGUCUUCAGCUGUACAAGAAAUCACGACGAUCGCUUCCUAGCGCUGGCCCCCAUUCGGCUCUGCUAGCAACUGCAACACGCUCAAUACGCAUCUAAUCGUACGGAGCACCUAGUCUGUCCAAGACAAAGUUGUAUAUAGAACCUUUUUUUUGCGUCUAGCAUUAAGGUCGAACCACAGUCCCUAGCAGAUAAGUAACCCAUUAAUAAAAACUACAUUACAAUCCGAAAA